AUGCAUGUGAAUUUUGACAUGUGUGUCAAUUGUGUUAAUUUUGAUAUUUGUGUCUAUACUGACAUGCUCAUUGAUUUUGACAAGAACGUUGAUUUCCACAUGUGUUCCGAGUUGGACAUGUAUGUCAAUAUUGACGGGUUCACAGCCACCCUAGGAGAGAGGCGAUUGCAACUCAGGGUGGAGGAGAACCAGGCCCAGGGCUGGAGUCAGAGCCGGUCCCUGGUCAACCUGUUGGGCUUCUCCCCCUUGUGGCUCGGGGUGUGGAGGGGGCUGUUGGCUGUGCCCCUGGGGUUGCCACCUAUCUGGCGGACCCCCCGAUUGCUCACCUCUUCUCUGGGGCAGUUCCAAGGUCUGCAGUUGGAGCGAGAGGCGUGCCUGGCCUCCAACUAUGCACUGGCCAAGGAGAACCUCGCCCUGCGGCCUCGCCUGGAGAUGGGCAGGACGGCCCUGGCUAUCAAGUACCAGGAGCUUCGAGAGGUGGCUGAGAACUGCGCUGACAAGCUACAGCGACUGGAGGAGAGCACGCAUCGCUGGAGCCCCCACUGUGCACUAGGCUGGCUGCAAGCUGAGCUGGAAGAAGCUGAGCAGGAAGCUGAGGUGCAGAUGGAGCAGCUGCUGCUUGGGGAGCAGAGCCUGGAGGCCUUCCUGCCUGCCUUCCAGCGUGGCCGGGCCCUGGCACACCUGAGGCGGACGCAGGCCGAGAAACUGCAGGAGCUGCUGCGGCGCCGUGAGCGCCCCCCACAGCCGACCCCCACAGCAGCUCCAGAUCCCCCCAAACCCUUUCCACCCGCAGCCGUCCUGCCCACCGGGGCUGCACGGGGGCCACCAGCUGCACCCAGGAGCCUGCCCCCUUUGGACUCCCGCCCUGUGCCCCCCCUGAAGGGCUCCCCCGGGGGCCCCCUGGGCCCAGCCCCUCUGCUGAGCCCACGGCCCUCGCAGCCAGAGCCCCCCCAUCGGUAGGGUCUGGGGUGUGGCCCCCCUGUGGGGGCCCAGAGAAACUUGAUUAGUGGCUCCUCCUCCCUCCCCACUGCCUGGGUGGGGGGAGGGGCAGGCCCCUCCCCCUGGCCUCUGGCAGGCCCUGGCCCUGGAGGCCACUCUGGGAGGAGGGUCUCCCCAAGUGGCCCACUGAGGGCUGGGGGGUGGGGGGGUGGGCACUGAGGAAACUGCCUUUUUCGUCUCCCUGGCUGGGGCCUCCAGGGUGAGGGACCAGCCCCGUGACAGAUCCACUCACCCGUGGAGGCCAGGCAGGGCGCCCACCUCCCUGGGCCCUGCCAGGGGGCCCAUGGCACCCUACAUCUCCACUGGGCUCGAGCAGUACCAAGGCCAAGGCAGACAGGAUUGCCCCUUCUGGGCCUGAGCCCACCUUUCCCCCAGUUCUGGGGCCCACCGCCUAGGAGCCAGGUGGUCAGCCCCCAGCGUGGCGCUGCAGCCCUCAGGCCUCUGCGGGCACUGCCCAGGCUGCAGACCCUACCUUGCGUAGGCCGGGACAUCUGACCUGCAUCGGGCAGAGUGGGCUGUCCCUAGGAAAGACCGAUCUGUAUUUUUCUGUCCCUGUCUCCUUAGAAUGGAAGCUUUUUGAGGGCAGGUCCUUGUGUUUGUAUGUUUUGUCCCCAGCCCCGCCUCCCAGGGGCCGUCAAUAAAUGUGUUGAUAAAGAUGA